CUAACCAGGUUUAUUAGGUAUACUGGGGAUUAUGUUAUUUUGAUAUUUAUUUUUCUAAAAGUAUAUAUGAGUGGGUCAACUCCCUACCAUUAAAUAUUUUAAUGUAAUUUUUGUGAUAUAUGUGUAGCCUAAUGUUUGGUCUGGAACACUUUGUAAUUACACACAUUGUUACUGUUGUAGCUAUUGUAAUUACAUUUAUUUGUAAUAUGUACUCUAAAAAAGUACCUACGUUACCAUUGUUGGUGUGACGAAAUGGCUUCCCAGACUUCAAGGGACUUUACCAGUCGAGUCAUUCUAAGUCAUCAUCUGAUACAUGAGGUCAUCACACAUGGUCGGGAAUCUAUCCCAUCAAGUUCACCUCCAACUUAUUUUGUAGAUGAUUGGCCAGCUCAUUGCAUGUAGUGGUAGGCCUAAAUCGCUAAUAUUGGCAAACAUUGUGCUCACGUAGGCCUGUUUCACCAACUAAAUAAGACUAUUGGCAAUAUUUAUUUCUAAUGUUUACAGUUCAGUGGGGACUCAUAUGGUGCCUCUCAAGUAAAGCCAGUGACACACUAGCAGACUCAAAACCACCCUAUUUUGGCAGAGGGUGCCACACAUGCACACUGUUUUGCGGAGAUCUCGCUCUCUUCAGUUGGAGGUAUGACACACUUGCCGAUUAAGAAUGGUGGAGUGGUGUCUCUCUCUCUCUCUCUCUCUCUCUCUCUGACUCACUGUCACAUGGAGUCCAGGGCUGGAUUGGUAAUCUGGCAUACUUUUUCCCCAGAGGACAGAUGAAUUUUGGGGCCAAACAGGGGCGGACUGGCAAUCGGGAGAACAGGGACUAAGCUGAAAUUAUCCUCUGCGUUAUGCAGAACGGGCCACAAAAAUGGUGCCGCAAUAUGCCGAAGGGGGCAGCGAUAUGCAGGAAAGGACAAUACUAUUCAUCUAUACAACACAGAAACACAGCAGCUAGAGAGCACAUCUGGGCAAUAACAAUGUGAUUUCUGAUGGUAUCAGAUGUCUGCAGCAAUAGACGUGUGACAUCUCUGAUGGCAACGCACAGUGACCAUGACUUGAAGGUUAUCACUCCAAAAGGGGUGCCGUCAAAGAGACAAGAUGGAAACUUCCGGCACAAAUCACCCCACUGCCGCAACUCCACUGGAAAGGAACAUGUGAGCAGGCAGCGAGAGAGCAACGGCAGUGCUUCAGUAAGCUUCAGCACUAAUCAUAACACUGUAGUAUGUCUUCCUCUAGUAUCUGAAGGACUGAAGCUAGUGUGGACGCAGUCAGAUCAAACAUGUGAGCUUGAUGCUAUCCCUGAACUGGUGCAGGCCUUCAAUAUCUUCCCCUACCCAACAUCUCAAGAGGUCAGCACCCUGGCCCGCAUUUGUGCGCUUCCACUGGAUAAAAUCAAAGUCUGGUUCAUGGUGCAGCGCAUCAAGUAUGGAAUCAGUUGGGCAUCGGAGGACAUAGAAGAGACACGGCUCAAACUGGCCAAGCAUGUGCAUGUAAGUGAGAUGGAACACAAGGAGAGCAAGACCAAGAGGAAGAAUGGAUUUGAUGAUUUAAUGGAAGCAGAGAGGAAGCAUGAAGAUCACGUAGAAGAUCUAGGGCACACACAUUUGCCUCACAAAAAACAUAAAAAUGAAAGUAAAGAACCAGCAAAGCUUUCUCCAGCUGCUUCACGUUUCCAAUCAUCUCUCCCCCCACCUCAGGAUUCGUACUACUACCGCCAUCCAGUAGAAAUGGCAGAAAUGCCUCAAGCAGCUACCUCACCUACUUCUACAGAGUCUCCAGUUGGAUCUGAGCAGCCUCGGCAUGGCCGCUACAAAAAGUCCAAAGCCCAGUUAGCUGCUUUGCGUAAAAGUUUUCUGCAGGAGAACUGGCCUGAUGAGACAGAGCUCCAACGCCUUCAAGAGGAGACUGGACUAACUCGUAAUGAUAUUCGAAAAUGGUUUAGUGACAGUCGGUACCAGCUACGAAAUGGUAGGGGGUUAUCAGCCUCAACACCCAUGCCUGCUACUGAAUCUAUGUCCAAUUUAUUAUCUAAGACUGAGGAGAUUCAGCCUCUUUCUCUCACCACUAAAAAACUGAAAACUAUGCAGAACACCGAUGACGAAGGCAGGAAAAAUGGUUGUGCAAAAGGUGCACGAAAAAAUCAGUCAAGAGACACUGAGUUUUUCCAGAAUUUCUUGUCUAACACUCUUGAGGCAUUUGAAGACGGAGCAUCAGGAUUGGAUGAGGAAAAAUGUUUAGAAGGUGAGAUUCAGAUUAAUGAUGUUGGAAGUGAACUGGACAGUGAAGGACAUUGUGCACCAGUUGCACCCGCUUCCUCUCCAUGCAUCACCCCAUCAAAAAAACACUCAACAGCCAAGCCACAGUCAUUGAUAUCUGCACGCUCUGUCAAAACAAACACAUUGGCCAACUCCCCACACCUUUCCGACCACUCUUCACCUUCUUUAGUAUUAACACCUGCUGGGCGACAAAGGAAAACAAAGGAACAGUUGGCAAUCCUAAAGGAAUAUUUCCAGCGCUGCCCGUGGCCAAAAAGUGAGGUGUACACGGAGCUAGUGGAAGUAACAUCUUUGCCUCGUGCUGAUAUUAUCCAGUGGUUUGGGGACACACGCUAUGCUGUAAAAAAUGGUCAUGUGCGCUGGGUGCACGCUAAUGCACGAGAUCAAGUUCUUGAAGACAUUGCAUUGCAAAGUGAUGGCAGUGCCACCAGUGGAACCCUAGGAAGUGAAGGAAGCAAAAAACGCAAGUCACAAGGGAACAGUAUACCAAAGACGCAGAAGUCAGCAACAGAUUCUACAGACAUUGGUCCUCUGGAGCUGUAUUAUCGACAGACAGGUCUACUACAAGAGAAGGACCUCGAUAGUCUUUGCCGAAAGUCAAAAAUGAGUUACCAACAGGUGCGAGAUUGGUUUGCUGCAAAGGACAGUAAUACACUGGACAUAGAGCUCAAUGUUGUUGACUGAUAAUAUAGAGAAAAGCUUGUUUGUACUCAUGUAGUUUGUCUGUUAACCUGCUGUGACUUCUAUAAUCUUCAGUGGUUGGAGAAAAGGCAAAAGACUCAUUUGGAGGCACAGUAUAAAGUUUCUACAGUUUCAUGCAAUUCCCUUUCCACUACUAUGUUAAAAAGCAGGCUACAUUCGAUCUGUUACAAAGGCAGUAUUAAAAAUGCAGAUGUCCUAAAAUGUAUUUUUGUUGAUUACAAACUACUUGACUACAUUCAUCACCAAAUAUUGUUCUUGCGCUGUUAGGAGAGAUGUAAACACUGGCUGUUUCUCCACUUAUUAUGUUUUUUUUUUUUGUAACAGUCGAAUCUUCUAGAGCGUUAAUUGAUGCUUUUUAGAACUGACAUCAUGCUCAAACAGGCUAUUUUUCCAGAAACUUUAGUCAGUUCUUCAUUAAAUACUAUAGUUUUAGAUGUUUGGACCACUAACUAAAGAGUCCUUGUGGCCCUGUGUUACAACUUCCCUCUCAAACUAAUUAACGUUCUAAAGUUUACAAAGUACUUUUCCCUCCAAUUAUUUUUGCUAAACAUUCCACACUUAAAGUUUGUUUUUAAUGGAUGCAUUUCUUUAAUCUAGAUACUUGUGAAAAACUUCCUACUCAACUGCAAAUGUGCUCAGCAUUUAACAAUAAAUUCUAUAGUUUUUUGAAAACUGUGCACUGUAUAGUCUGUAAACGUUUAGCUAUAGUGAGGAGAAAUCUGUGCAUUAAAAAUCAUAUAUUUUAUUCAGUUACAUACUGUCAGAAUAACCUAUUUUAAUAUUAUAAAUGGCAUCUUAUUAAAAGGAUAGUUCACCCAAAAAUGAAAAUUCUGUCAUUUACUCACUCCAUGGAACACAAAUGGAACAUUAAACAUAAUGUUAGUCUCAGUCGCCAUUAAUUUUCAUCUUAAGGAAAAAAUAACUAAUGAAAUUCUAUUUAACAUAUCCUUUUGUGCUUCACCAUAAGAAAGUCAUGUUUUAAAACAACAAAAUUUUUGGGUGAACUAUUCCUUGAAAUGUUAGAAACAAAUGUGGUAUUAAACUGCUUGGACUUUGGAAUCAUUUUCAUAAGUCCGAAGUAUUGAACGAGCUCUGAUGUUUUUCAUGUGAUUUGUAGAAUUAUACAAUCUCUUUUGUCUUAGUUUUUUUUUUUUUAAUAAAACUCCUAAUUAAGAAGGGAGCACAAUACAGCCAUCUAAUUAUACAGUGAAUGAAUGAGUUAUUUGUCAAGGCAUGUUCCUCUUCCUCAUUUUUUUCAGUGUCUCUUAAGCUCUAGUUUUUCUUUUUUUAUAAUAAA